GAUCGUCGCUCGGAUUGCCACCUUGUAUCUAUUCAUUGACUCCAGCCUUGCUGUUAGCGACUUUCUUUAACCAGCUCAACAAUCUGUCCUCGUUUUGCCUCCCUUGUCAUGGCUGACUCGCAGCAUUAUGCCACUCUUUAUCAUGCCGCUACUGCUGGGUAUCCAUCACCUGCUCACCAGGAGCAUCAACCCAAUCAUUACAGUGCAUCUUCACAUUCACCACGCCUCGCUCGUUCCGCCCUUCAACAUCCGUACGACGACUACAGCAUGCAGUCUGGUCUCGGUUCGUACGGUUUAGACAGUUCUCAACCGCCUCCUGAGGAGCAGUGGGACUCUAAAAGCUUCAAAUCAUAUCACUCUCAAACUCAUCUGAACUCUCGGUACGAGAUGGAGCAAGUGCGCGGUGCGCCGCCGCUUCCUUCUGUUCCUUAUCAACAGUCCAACUACCCGCCUCGUUCUCCCGUGGCUUAUGCGCCGGGUUCCCUUCCCUAUUCUCGUCCCAAUGUUUCUUAUCGAGACCCGAGCGGUGGCUGGUCCAAUGCUCACGAGCAGCUCAUGAAGCGACGUUCCGUUCGUCAAGUUCCUCUGCGCGAAGGGAAUCUCGUCCUAGAUAUGCCGGCACCAUCAGGUAUCUUGGUCAGUGGCAGGACAGACGACGAAUUCACACACAUCCGGUACUCCGCCUGCACUGUUGACCCAGAUGAGUUUGUCCGUGCCAAGUACUCCCUUCGACCAUUCCUUUACGGUCGUAAGACUGAGCUCUUCAUUGUUAUGACCAUGUACAAUGAGGAUGAGGAACUCUUCUGCAAGACGAUGAAUGCAGUCAUUAAGAAUAUUGCGCAUUUGUGUGGGAGGAGUAGGAGUAAGACGUGGGGUGCGGAUGGAUGGCAGAAGGUUGUCGUAUGUGUCGUUUCGGAUGGGAGGAGUAAAAUCAACCAGCGGACGCUGAAGGUCUUAACGCUAAUGGGAGUUUACCAAGAUGGUGUCGCGAAGGACACCGUCAAUGGGAAAGACGUUCAGGCGCACAUCUUUGAGUUUACCACUCAGGUGAUGGUCACCUUGAAUGGCGAAGUCUCGCAGGCUCCCUGCCCGAUUCAAGUCAUCUUCUGCCUAAAAGAGCAGAAUAAGAAGAAACUCAACUCGCACCGAUGGUUCUUCAAUGCCUUCGGCCCUUUAAUCAAUCCCAACGUCUGUGUACUUCUAGACGUAGGUACGAAGCCAACUGGGACGUCCAUUUACGAGCUCUGGAAAUGCUUCGACAAACAUCCGAACGUUGGAGGCGCUUGUGGAGAGAUUGCCGUUGACACUGGUCGUGGUUGCUCGCUUUUGCUCACUAGUCCCCUGGCCGCAUCGCAGAACUUCGAAUACAAGAUGUCGAACAUCCUUGAUAAACCCCUUGAAAGUGUCUUCGGAUACAUUAGCGUACUCCCUGGCGCAUUCAGUGCUUACCGGUACAAGGCUCUUCAGAACUUGCCGAACGGGAGCGGACCACUAGCGAGCUACUUCAAGGGCGAGACGAUGCAUGGUGGUGGUAUCCACGGUGCAAGCCUAAAUACUCGUAAUAUGUAUCUUGCCGAAGAUCGUAUCUUGUGUUUCGAGAUUGUGACCAAGAAGAGCGAAUCAUGGGUGCUGAAGUAUGUCAAAUCGGCAAAAGCAGUUACUGAUGUCCCGACUACCGUGCCCGAAUUCAUCUCACAACGUCGACGAUGGCUCAAUGGAAGUUUUUUCGCUGCCCUUCAUGCCACUAUCCACAUGUUCAGAAUAUGGACUUCCGGUCAUGGAGUCUGGCGCAAGUUUGUCCUUCAGUUUGAAUUCAUUUAUAAUGCUGUCCAGAUGAUUUUCGCCUGGACUUCACUAGCCAACUUCUAUCUUGCUGUGAGUGUUUUCUUUUUCCUUGUUCAAUCCGCUACAAUCCCUGGUCCUGAUGACGCAUUCAACUUUCUGGCUAACGGUGCAGGUGCGAAGGUUUUUGAAAUAAUUCUCAAGAUCUACAUUGCCGUCCUGCUUCUCGUGCUCAUCUGUUCCCUCGGUAAUCGACCUCAAGGUUCAAAAUGGACAUAUACCUUUGCCAUAGUCGCAUUCGGCAUAUGUAACAUCAUCGCUCUAUGGUGUGCAGGGUUUACGGUGUAUCUGGCUCUUCCUCACACGGCAACCGGAUGGUCGCAUGUUGGUAAGCUAUUGAAGAAUCGCACGUUCCGCGAUAUCGCAAUCAGUUUGGCGGCGACAUACGGGCUGUAUUUCUUUGGAUCUAUUAUCCACUUUGAGAUAUGGCAUCUUUUUACUAGUUUUGUCCAGUAUUUGUUCUUUUUACCGAGCUAUGUCAAUAUUCUAAUGAUGUAUUCGAUGUGUAAGCUUCACGAUCUCGGCUGGGGAACAAAGGGCGACAAUGGCGCAGCGAAGGACCUAGGUGGCGCCAAGAAAGUCAAAGAUGAAAACGGCAAAGAAGUCAUGGAAGUUGAAGUGAUCACUGCGAAGGAGGACAUUGAUAAGCUAUGGAAAGCGAGCCAGCAUUCGCUGCGUAUUCCGGCACCCGAGGAGAAGCAGCAUCGUGACGCUGCGACGAAGCAGUCUGAUCAUGAUCGGAAUAGUCGGACCAAUGUAGUGCUUGCUUGGAUAGGAACAAACAUGAUCAUGGUCAUUGCGUUCACCUCCCAAUUCUUCAAUGACUGGGCUGCGAAGCACUUCACUAGUAGUACAGGAGUCAUCAACCCUUAUCUUAUCAUGCUUUUCUACGCUCUUGCUGGUUUGAGCGUUGUUCGAUUCACGGGCUCCGUUCUUUAUGUCAUAUUCCGAUUAUUCGGUCAAUGAAAAGGUCCAAACGCUUUUUCAUUACUUAUCGUUCGUUUGUUUCUACUAUUUUUCAUCCUGGUCUUUUUUUCGCUCGUUCUUCGUUUCGAUUAUGUAUCCUUAAGAGGCUUGCUUUGUGAUCUCCUGGCGAGGCUGAUGAUUGCCGUUCAAACGUGGUCCAUUUAAUAACGAUUAUUUUGUUCAUUCGGGGUGUCGGUACGUUGACACCGCUAGCGGUUU